GCCGCGACUGCAGCCACAGCUGCCGCACAGGGCACCGUGUCCUAGUUCUGGGCAUCAAAACCCUGGCGGGGGGGGCCAGGGGGGGAACUGAGGCUUUCGAGCUGCUCCCAACCCUGGACGCAGAGGCCCCCGGGCCAGAGAGCGGAGCCCUGGGGUCGCCUGAAGCUCGGGGCCACGAGCCCCCUGGGCCAGACAGCGAAGCCCUGGAGCCUGCUGUACAGCGGGACACCGAAGUCCCCAGGCCGAGCUGCGAGGUACCCGUGCCCGCCGCAGAGCAGGGCGUCGAGACCACCGAGCAAGAGAGCGAAGUCCUCAAGCCAUCAGGCGAGCAGGACGCAGAGCGCCCCGGGCCGUCCACAGCUGCGGGCUUUGUGAGUCCCAAGCUAGGCAGCGACGACCCUGGGCUGUCCCAAGCGCGAAGUGCGGAGGUCCAGCGGCAGUGUCCCCCUCCGGGCCUUGAGACCUCCUCCUCCGGCGGGUCAAGCCUAUUCGAACCGCCCCCGCAGCAGCUGCCCAUGGAGACGCCCAUCGAGCGCGAAAUCCGCCGCAGCUGCGAACGCGAAGAGAGCCUGCGCCGGAGCCGGGGCCUGAGCCCGGGCCGAGCGAGCCGCGAACUCGUGGAGCUGCGCGUACGGCCGGUGCUGAGCCUGCCCGGCCCUGGCCCCGCGCCCACGCGCGCCUUGGAGCGCGCGCGGGCAGGCGCGCAGAUGCUGCGAGACAUCGAGCGGGAGGCCCACCGGCAGGCGGCGCUGGCGCGCCCCGCGGCUCCGCCACCGCGCGCCCGGUCGCCGCCGCAGCCGCUGGUCGAACUCAAGCGCUUCUUCGAGGCCGCCGCGGGGAGCAGCUCCUCGGCGGCCGCGGAGGGCGGCGGGGGCCCGCAGCGGCUGCCGGAGCCCGGAGGCCGGCCGCGCUCGGCGGGGCAGGGCGGGUGCCCGGUGCUGGCCCGCGCCCCGCCGUGUGUCGCUCCGUCACUGCUGGAGCAGGAGGUGCACGCGGUGCGCGAGCGCGAGCGGGAGCUGCAGCGGCAGCGGCGCAGCAUCUACGGUACCACCGAGCUCAAGGAGCCUGCGCCAAGCCUCACCGCGAGCAGGGGAGACGGAAAGUUGGCGGUGAUCUGGCCCCCCCGCAGAAAGGCCUCGGAGAACGGCCUGGAGCAGGAAGAGCGCAAACCUUGAGGUUUGAGCAGGCUGGGGCCUGUGGCCGGAAGUAACACAUCCGUCGCGGGACCGGGGAGGGGGCUACCCCGCGGUGCCCUCCGGAUCGGCAGACGGUCUGGAUGCGGAUCAGCUCUCUGCGCUGGGGGAGAAGAAAUCGACCGGCCCAACCUUGAUCUUGACUUUAUGAAACUGACAAGCUCUCUCCAUAAAACUGCUUAGUCCGCACUGGGAAACUGACCACCACCAACUCGGCCAACGAAACUGUCCGGCCCGUCUCCUCCCAACUGCAAACUGAACUGCCCUCUCUCCCUUGACUAUUAGAGGGUCUCAGCUGCCCCCU